UGGAAUCGGGUUGAGAUUCGUCAGGAUUCCAGCAGCCGACUCGGUGGUGAGGGGGACGCACGGUGGAGUCUGACCAGAUCCACUCCAGGAACACCACCUUCGAAGAACACCCUUGGGUGGAGAGACACAAACCCACCCACACACACACUUACACACACCCACACGCUGAUAGAUGCCUCUCGCGUUGCGUCGACGCCUCUAGUUCGCUUCUUUGGAUGUAGGGACAGGGUACCAAGCGUUCAAUUCGGGACUACAGACAUUUGGAAGAAGCACCCCUCAAGGCACGCAAAGAAUGGACGCUUCCAAUCGCUCCGUGGAUCCGAGCUGCCAGAGCCCACCACCUCUCGCCAUCGAAAUCAUCCUCGAGUUGGAAGUCUUCGGGAUCAUCCUGUACUCCGUGCUGACCUUCAUGGCGGUGGUGUCCAUGGUAGUCUACAUCGAGGAGUGUGUCUUCAUCUACAAGAAGGUGCCUUCCAACAAGAAGAGCGUCAUCGCAUGGGUCAACGGAGCUGCGCCGGUGAUUGGCACCAUGUCCUGUCUGGGGAUGUGGAUUCCCAGAGCGACCAUGUUCACUGAUAUGACGUCAGCCUGUUACUUUGCCGUGGUGGUGUUUAAGUUCCUGGUCCUGAUGCUGGAGGAGGUGGGAGGGGACGAGGCCUUCCUGGCGCGGGCGCCCAAACACAAGCUGAGGAUCAGCACUGGUCCGUGCUGCUGCUGCUGCCCCUGCCUGCCCCAGGUGGGCAUCACACGGCGGUCCCUCUUCCUCCUGAAGCUCGGCUCUUUCCAGUUCGCUGUGCUGAAGAUCGCCUUCACCGUGCUAUCCAUCGUGCUCUACACCAACAACCACUUUGACCUGACGGAUCUGGAGAUCACCGGCGCGGCGAUAUGGAUCAACCCUCUGGUGGGAGUGCUGACCAAUCAUCGCCUGUGGCCCGUCGCCAUCAUGUUCAUGCACCUCCGGGUCGCCCUGCGCAGCAUCAAGAUCAUCCCUAAAUACGCCAUGUACCAGCUGGUGCUUGUUCUGAGUCAACUGCAGUCAGCGAUCAUCAACAUCCUGGCAAUGAAUGGAACCAUCGCCUGUGCCCCGCCCUACUCCUCCACUGCCCGCGGAUACUUGAUGAGCCAGCAGCUGUUGAUCCUGGAGAUGUUCAUCAUCACCUUGGUAACGCGCCUGCUGUACCGUAGACACUACGAGCCUUUAUCCGAAGAAGAAGAGGACAAGCAGGAAAUGGUCAAGAACACCAAACUGACCAUAGCGUCAUAAAUCCCAAAUCUGUGUGUAUGUGUUUGACUCUGUAUGACGUGAUUAUAAAAAAUAUGUAAUUGUUGAUUCUAUAGCUGGGGUCGUGUGAGGGACCAACUUCACUUUGUUAGAACGGCGUUGCACCAAACCGCCGCUAGGUGGCGGUACAUACCGUCUGGUGCCUACCCACCUGCCACUUGCUCGUUUACAUUUUUGCUAAUGAUUUUGCUUUUGGAGAAUGUUUAUUGUUUAUGUAAUUAAAAAACUAUUGAAAAUGGAA